AUGUCAGAGCGUCAAAAGGUUGCAUUAGUUACUGGUGCCUCAUCAGGUAUCGGUUAUGCCACAGCAAUUGAGUUUGCUAAAAGAGGAUACAAGGUCUUUGCUGGGGCACGAAGAUUGGAACCAAUGCAAAAAUUGAAAGAGGACUAUGGUGUGAUCAUCUUUAAAUUAGAUGUUAGUGAUUUGGAUAGUGUUAAGAAUGCCAAAAAGUUUAUUGAAUCGGAAACUGGAGCUGACUAUUUGGACUUUUUAUACAAUAAUGCUGGUCAAUCGUGUACUUUCCCUGCCACUGAUGUUACUGAUGCGCAGAUGAAACAAUGUUUUGAAGUUAAUGUCUUUGGUGCUAUUAGAACGGUUCGUGAAUUGAUUCCAUUGAUAAUAAACGCUCAAGGUGUCAUUGGUUUUACAGGGUCUGUUAGUGGAAUUAUCCCAUUCCCAUUUUCUUGUAUAUAUUCUGCCUCUAAAGCCGCAAUUCAUCAAUAUGCGGCAACUUUGAGAGUAGAAAUGAAACCAUUUGGUGUUAAAGUCAUCAACAUUGUGACAGGUGGAGUCAAGACAGACAUUGAAGAUAAGAGAGAUUUACCAGAGUCUUCUCUUUACAACGUGCCAGGUAUCAAGGACGCUUUCAAUGAAAGAAGACAGAUGGCUGCUCGAAACAAACCAAUGCCAGCAGAAGUUUACGCCAAAAAGGUCGUAACUGACUUUGAAAGUGCUAAAUUGAACGGUGCUUUGAACAUUUAUCGUGGCACAAUGAGUACCUUUUUGAGUUUCGUAUUAACUUUUAUUCCUAGAUUUAUAGUAGAGGCGGCUUUAGUUUCCAAGUUCAAGUUGAACAGUGUGUUCCAGUACUUACAUGAAAAGUAUCUGAAAGAGAAAGUUAAUUAG